AUGGAUAUGAUCGCCUGGAGCCGCUCGCGAAAUGAUGCUACACUUUCCGAACUCGAGUCGCCAGUGGCUCUCGUCACCAGCCGUGACAAGGAGCCCACGCUGGAAGAACAAUCUACUACAUAUCUACCACAAGGUCACUCAGGGUACCAAUAUGCUCCAUUUGACAAUGCUGGACAAAAUACGUUCUCUGCAUUUGUUUCGAAAGACCGUGCCUUAACGGCCUUCGCCCAAUUGGGCGCCAUGACGCUGGGCGCUCAGACGGCCAUGAUUUCGCUCUUCGGUCCUACUCAUCAAUAUAUUCUUGCGGAGGCCAGUGGAACGCCGUUGGAUCGCCAUUGUGACAGCUUGUUGUUAGGAUGCUGUCUCUUGCCGAAGGAAAAGGGCAUCUGUCAAGACGUUGCAGCUCUGCCACUAUCGGAGCUUUCAGAUGGUCCGGCAAUUGCUGGGGGCAGUGUUUUAGUGAUACCAGACAUAAGGGACAAUCGCCGUUUCAAGCAAUCCAAAUUAGCUGACAAUCUUUCUGGGGUAAGAUUCUAUGCUGGAGUACCCAUUGUCAGCCCUAGAGGAAUUACAAUCGGGUCAUACUGCGUCAUGGAUAAAAGUCCCAGGAAAACGGGACUCGACGAGUCAUCCGUAUUGUUUAUGAAGGACAUGGCAGAGACUGUCAUGGAACAUUUGAGCAUGGUGCAAUCCAAAAGUCGACAUCAUCAAACAGAAAGAAUGAUAGUUGGCUUGGGGAGCUUCGUUGAGGGCAAGGCUACGCUUCAGGGUUCAUGGCUUGAGGCGAACGAGCAAGACACUGCAACACGGCAAUCUGGAGAGGCCGUGGAGGGCAAAUUGAACAAGCGGCAACAGGAUAUACAAGACGUCCAGGAUAGCCCCGAAUCUCAGCAACUUCCUCACCGCUCCUCUGCCAAAGUCUCUUCAAAACCCGCUCUUUCGAACACUAUCCGGAAGGAUCCCGAUUCUGAGGUCAAGCCUACGACAACUUCAGCAACCCAUUCAUCAAGUGGAACCGAUUCAAGAUUGAUUCCGAAUCAACCAAAUUCGGACCAAGCGAGUCAGCAAAAUAAGGCGACGCUCAAAAGCUCUGUUUCAAUUGACGACGCACCAGAGGAAACUGUCCCAUCUGCUUUCGAGAAGAUCUUCUCCCGGGCGGCAAACUUGAUCCGAGAGUCUAUCGAGGUGGAAGGGGUUGUUUUCCUUGAUGCAAGAGUUGAGUCGUUUGGAGAGCUUGAUCAGGAUGAAUUCCAAAAAGCGCGUGAAGCGUGGGCACACGGCGCAACAACAAGCGGCGAUGAAAGUGCAGACUCCGGAAGCCCGCCAAGACCCAUGCAUCCCUUCGCCUCGGGCAUUGGAAACAAAGAUAUCACCACUUGCCGAAUGCUAGGCUUCUCAACGUCAACAUCCUCUAGCAUUGAUCAUGGUAAGCCGGGCCACAAUUAUGCAAUGGGUGAUUCAUUGUUGAAGGCCCUAUUGGGUCGAUACCCACAUGGGAAGAUCUUCAACUACAAUGAAAACGGAUUACUGUCUGAUGACAGUAGCGGUGGUAAUACCUCCCGCAGCUCCGAGAUGAAUCCAGGCUCGGAAAGGAAAAAGAGAAGGCGGAAGCCUCACGACACGCAAAAUGCCAAUGCCCUGGUUAAAGUCCUUCAAGGGGCCAGAAGCAUCAUCUUUUUACCUUUGUGGGAUUCCCACAAAGCUAGGUGGCUUUCUGGGAUGUUCAUCUGGACAAAAUCUCCAGAACGCGUCUUCACUCCCGAAAUAGAACUCACAUAUCUUCGCGCUUUUGGAAAUAGUGUCAUGGCAGAAAUCCAUCGAUCUGAUGCUGAAAUGGCGGAGAAAGCCAAAACAGACCUGCUCAGCAACAUCUCACAUGAGCUGAGAAGCCCUCUCCAUGGAAUAUUGGGAACUGCGGAUAUUCUCAGCGACACGGCCAUGAAUAUGCUUCAGCAAGGCAUGGUACAUACAAUUGAGUCGUGCGGGCGGACGCUUUUGGACACCAUCAACCAUUUACUCGACUUCACCUACAUGAAGAAGUUCAAAUCUGACUCAGGGGAAGCGUAUGCGAAUCACGAGAAGCAAAUUGAUGUGCCGGGUCUGAAACCGGCAAAGCUCCAGCGCAACGCACCAAACAGCAGUGAAAGGGCCUACGGCCCUGUGCAGCUUGAUUCCGUUCUUGAAGAGGUAGCGGAGAGUGUUUUUGCUGGUCAUAGCUUUUACCAUCACCCGCGGGCUCAGCCUCAGAAGGUGACCAACAACGAAUCUUCCAUGUCCAUCUCCCUGCCAACAAAGCAGGUGACUAUUAUACUCGACAUUCAAGAGGCUGAAGAAUGGGCCUUUCUCACAAGCGCUGGUUGUUGGCGACGCAUUCUGAUGAAUGUUUUUGGCAAUGCACUGAAGUACACCCCUUCGGGCUUCAUUUAUGUGGGACUGAAGACAGCUCCCCACAAUCGCCGGAUGAGUGAUAGUUCUGCGGGUUCCACAGCCUCCGAGGGGCUGGAUAGCCAAUGCUUGGUCACCCUGACUGUCAAAGACACUGGCCAGGGCAUUAGCGCGGAAUACCUUCGGGACGGCCUAUUCACCCCUUUUUCGCAAGAGGAUGGACUAGCCCCUGGAAGUGGACUCGGUCUCAGCAUCGUCCGCCAAGCGCUCGUCUCUAUUGGUGGCUCUAUUGAAGUCUCUUCUGAAAAAGGCCAUGGCACAGAAAUAUCAAUUGAGGUGCCUUUGAACGUUGCCCCCGAAAAAGAUAAGUCGGAUGGUGCUUCAUCAAACGAGUCUUACAGAGAGAUAAGAAAAUGGGCGCAGGGCAAAACCAUUGGCUUGUUAGGGUUUGCUUCAUCACUUGUGUCACCGCGGGACAUUACUCUCUACAAAUCUCUGGAGCAUUUAUGCCAAGACUGGUUCAACUUGACUGUCAAACGGGUGUCUCCUGCAGAUAACAACGACCCUUGUGACUUUUACAUGGCGGUCCAAACAGAUCUCGACAGCCCAGAUGAAGAGCAAAACCAAGUGUCAGAUAUCGGCUCCAUCAUCGAUGGAAAAGAUUGUGACGUUUCGCCCCUCAUUGUUAUUUGCGAGUCUCCUGAAAAGGCGCAUAACAUGUUCGCGCGUGCAGCGAAUCAAAAGCGAGAAUCCAUUAUCGAAUAUAUAAGUCAGCCAUGUGGACCUCGCAAACUAGCCAAAGCGUUGAGUCUUUGUAUUCUUCGGCUAGAUGGUCGGGAUCCUGAGGCCAAUAAGCCAACUCACUGGGUCGAAAUGCCAAACUCGUCAAAAAUUCCGCUCGAUGUAGGGCCCAGGGACCCGCCCAAUGAGAGAAUGAAACUCGGCAAACGACCAAUGUUAGAUACUACGGGAUCCUCAGAGGAGGAACGCCUCAAAUAUGAUCACGAUGACCGAAUCAAAAGCCCUACACGUAUCGCUGAAGGAGCUCCGCCAUCCAUCGCAGCAAAAGAUACAGUCAACGAUGAGUUAUCAGUUUUACUGGUUGAUGAUAACCAAAUAAAUCUGCAAAUUCUGGUUGCUUAUGCAAAGAAAGAGGGCUGGAAUAUCAUGACGGCAACAAAUGGACUUGAGGCUGUACAGACUUUCCGGGCCCACUCUGGAAAGUUUGCAGCAGUCAUCAUAGUUAUGAACGGUCUCGAAGCUACUCGAGAAAUUCGUCGUUUUGAAAGACAAUAUCGGAAUGCUCAUAAGUCAUCAAAUCCGCCGUGGGACCCGACAACCAUAGUGGCCUUGACAGCGUUAGACAACGUUGAUGCUCAGAAAGAGGCCUUUGCGUCUGGGAUGGAUGUAUUCCUGGCGAAACCGGUCAACCGGCAGGAGUUACGAGUAUAG